ACUACCACCACUAACCUGACGGCUGGUUAUCGUCCGCCUCUGCGAGUGAUAACCACGACUAACAUAAUCGCUGGUUUUUACCCUUAUCUUGUAACGGGUAGAGCAGCCGCCAUUUUGAGUGACGGUGGCGAGACAAGUGUGGGUGGUCAUCCACAGUGAAUGGUAGUGUAGAGGACGAGGAGACGUAUGAUAGACACAAGAGUGUGAACCAGCACAGGAACAACUAUAACCACUUCACAAACAAUGUUCAAGUACCUCCUCCUAGCCACGCUCCUGGGUGGCGCCUAUGCGGAAGGUUUGACCCAAGAAGAGGAGUUGUACAUAGUGGCGGGUAUCCUAGGAGGUGUGUGUCUCCUCCUCACCAUUGCUUCCAUCUACAACACCUUAACCAUCAUCAGCUUACAGUCCAAGGUGGCGGUGCUGCAGGCCACGGGGUCUGCUGUCACCAAGGUGGUGUCGGAGGCUGUCGCUGACCAGAGACGUGACGUAACUCCUCCACUCAGGGAACCUUAUGGUGGUGGACCAGCCAGGGAAGAACACAACCGUCGCCAGGACCGAUCUGAGGACAACUUCCGCCGUCAACCUACACGAGACAACUUUAGGAUGGAAAGGAUGAACAACGAUUACUACAAGGACGACCGCUACUAUGGAGGACCAGCGCCACCACCACGACCCAUCAACCGCCAGGAGUCCCGGACUAGUGGCUACUACUGAACUCCUUCAAGAUAACUCCUCACUACCUGAAGAUCUGGUACUUCACACAACAAUAGCAUCAAACUAGCCAAGGCGUGUUCCAAUUUUCUUAUGGCAACUAACGUCAGACAAACCAGGAAGCAAUAGUACACCUUUAAUUCUAAGUUUCCUACUCACUUUAUGGCACUUUGAAACGAACACACACACACACACACACUGUACUGUACCUGUCAUUUAGAACUAUGAAAUCCCCUUCCAUUAAGACGAGUUUUGAGGUUCAUAGUUGGCAAGAUAAGUUCCAAGGUGAUAGACAUGUACUACAGUACUGUAUAAACAUCUACAUAACUUUGAUCCCUUGAAGAAUUCCCUCUCUGCUGUUACACACUGUACAGUAUGUUCCCUUACGCAUGAUUCAUCACCACAUGCCAAGGAAGAUUACUGGCUCAUGGAUGUGUCCAUGAUUACUUGGUACAUAUAAUGUACCAUAUUUACUACUAGUAAUUCUUUUUCCUGAUAUAAUUCAUGGAAUUUUUGUUCCCCAUUUAUCUUAUAACACUUUGUUGUAUAAACUGCCCUGUAGCAAGUUAGUGAGAAAUGGAGUGACAAAGAUUUGUGUGAUGAAUAUUCCUCAGAUCUGAAGGCUGUCAAAUUGUAAC